UUUGUGGGUUUCGUGGAUUUGUGUUUGUUUGUACGCGGUAACGCGGAGAGAUUCAGAGUUCAUCUCUCAAGAUUUCCAUCGUUAUAAUAAUGGCUCGAGCGGACUCUAUAUAUACUCAUCAUCUUAUCUCUCAAACCUAUUCCUCUUUAUCUUCGUCUAUAGUUCUUGCAGUUGUUGUUAAUCGUUCAACCCAAAAUGGCAGAGAUCAUGAAGAGUGUGAUUGCAAAUGAUGUUACAGAAUUGAUAGGUAAUACCCCUUUGGUAUAUCUCAACAACAUCGUGGAUGGCUGUGUUGCUCGUGUAGCCGCCAAGCUAGAGAUGAUGGAACCUUGCUCCAGUGUAAAAGACAGGAUUGGGUACAGUAUGAUCAAAGAUGCAGAGGAGAAGGGCCUGAUUAAACCUGGGGAGAGUGUCCUGAUUGAACCAACGAGUGGUAAUACUGGUAUUGGAUUGGCAUUUAUGGCGGCCGCAAAGGGAUACAAGCUAAUCAUUACCAUGCCAUCUUCUAUGAGUCUUGAGAGGAGAAUCAUCCUCAAAGCUUUUGGAGCUGAGUUAGUCCUUACAGAUCCUGCCCGGGGCAUGGUUGGGGCUAUGCAGAAGGCAAAAGAGAUCAUGGAAAAGACUCCCAAUUCCUAUAUUCUUCAGCAGUUUGACAAUCCAGCAAAUCCAAAGAUACAUUACGAGACCACGGGGCCUGAGAUCUGGAAGGGAACGGGUGGAAAGGUUGAUGCUUUUGUUUCCGGGAUAGGUACAGGAGGGACAAUUACUGGUACAGGGAAAUUCCUUAAAGAGCAAAACUCCGAUAUUAAGUUGUAUGGUGUAGAACCUGUUGAAAGUGCAGUUUUAUCUGGAGGAACUCCUGGUCCUCAUAAAAUCCAAGGAAUUGGAGCUGGUUUUAUCCCAAAAGUACUGGAUUUUGAUUUGAUUGACGAAGUUGUUCAAAUAUCAAGUGAGGAAGCUAUUGAAACUGCUAAGCUUCUAGCACUGAAAGAAGGCUUGCUGGUCGGAAUAUCAUCGGGUGCAGCUGCUGCAGCUGCAAUUAAGUUAGCGAAGAGACCAGAAAAUGCUGGAAAACUCAUUGUUGCGAUAUUUCCCAGCUUUGGUGAGAGGUAUUUAUCGACUGUGCUAUUUGAUUCAUUGAAGAAAGAGGCGGAGAACAUGCUUUUUGAGCCAUGAGUCCUCCCCAGCAGCCCAAGACAGUUGCCUCGGAUCUUGUCCUGUAACCUGGUCAUAUUUGUGAAUUCUGAAUUAGAUUUUCUUUUUUCUUGGUUACGUUUUUGUUGUAUUUUCUCAAGAAAUUUCCCCUAAAGAUUGUGUGUCGCCUUACAUUUGUGGUUGUCUGCAUUAAUAAAAGUUAAAAUGGGACAUGAUUAUGUAUAGAAAUAUUGUUGUCUCAUGUGGAAGAAUUUGUUUGUUUUUUAUGGUUAUAUCAAGAAUAGUGCAGUUGUCU